AUGCCACCCAGAAAACGCCAUUCUCCCUUAUCCGUGAACGACCUAAUAUUCCUCUACUCCGAUCAUUUGACCGAGUCCGAAAUAUGUCUCCUCAACAAUCCUCCAUACGUAUUAACGAUCCCACUCGACACGCUUCUCCCAAACAGCAAACACCGAACAGCCUGUCUUGCGCCGCGUCCACAAAACCCGUGGAUUCUUUUCCGAAAGGAUUUCGAGGCAAAAUACCGAAAACACGCUCCAACCAUUUCUGCGAGAACGAUAUCCUCGCUCGCUAGUGAAACGUGGAGAAAAGACGAGAGAAACCUUAAAAGAUUCUUCCAAGUAUUGGCAAAGAUAACGGUGAUCAUACAUCAAACGACGUACCCAGAGUACAAAUUCUCACCCAAAAAGACGGGAAAAGAGAAAAAAUGGGUUUUCAAGUACGACGCAAGAAGCCUUCAAUAUGAGGAAAUCAUGGAAGAACCUGCGAUUGAUGCGAUUGAUGCGGAACACCAAAGAAUGAAUGGCGAGGAAGAGGUAGGUGAGGGAGAAGGAACAAUGAUAGAAGCAGAAGCGGAAGCAGAUAAAGUAAACAUACCGCUAGAAAAUAAAUACGAAAACGUGAUAAACCAAGAGAGCCAAAAAAGCAAUGCAGUAGCAGAAUUUCCCAAUGACCCAAGAAUACAGCAAAACCUUCUUACGCCAGUUUUAGAUCCAUUCUCACUUUACUCUCCCGCUACUACUACUACAUCCUAUCUUGCGAGCCCUCCGAGUGAAAUAUGUCCCACUGAUCUAAUGCCAAGCGGUCGUCCAAUUCAUGAUAUGAAUGAGGUGUGGGAUCGUAAUGUGAUAUAUUCGCCAAGCUUGCCAUUGACUUCAAUGCAAUGUUCAUCGUCAUCAUAUGGAACGGAGCAUUUUGAUUUCCCCUUGUAUUAUCCUCCGGAAAUGGCUUGCGUAAUCGAUUCGUCGACAUAUCCGUAUUUGCCCGCUGCUGAUUCAAUUGUAGACUGCGGGACUAGGAUUUGCAGCAACGGCCGCAACAGCAACGGCAGCAGCGACUACAGCAAUGGCAACAAUGAUAAUGACAACAAUAGCAACCCACAAUUGCAGAUCCUGUAUCAGCAACCGCAAUUGCUCGAAAAGCAAAUGGGCCUUCAUUUGGAAUGUUCCAAACAGCAGCAGCACGACCAAUGUCAGCCUCGGAAUACAUGCAUGGAGGAUAAUGUGAAUACUGUGUUCUAUAAUACCGGCAAUGGACGGUAUUAG